AUGGCAUCCGAAAAAUCCGUUACUGCAGUUGCUUCAUUCCACUUUAUGGAGGGAGUGGAUGUUGAUAACAAGAAUAACUCAGCACACAAACUCUGGCAGGAGAUAAUGGCUAUGAUCGCUAAACAGCCAGGUUAUCAUGGCUUAUACUAUGGCAAUUCACUUGAGGAUCCCUCACUGACACAGCUGCUUAUUGACUGGGCACCGAAUGCGCAUGAAGAAUUCGCAGCUUCGGACGACUAUGCUUAUGUUAUCGAGAGUCUAAACAGCCUAACGAGCGGAGCUCCUAACGUCCAUCAUCUGGAGCCGUCCUCGUUUCCGAUUUCACCUUGUGGGAAAGCUCCUGUUCUAGAGCUAUGCACUUUCUAUAACACAGAGCCGAAUUUCUCUGAUCGGAUCGAGAGAUUCUUAGUCGGCUCUACUCAAGUGCCCGUUGACGGACACUACGGCCAUGUUUGGGGGCCUGUAGUGGAAGAAAUCCAGAAAACCCCUACGGAACCUAAGGGUAGAGGAGCGAUGAUGCUCAUUGGGUGGGAGUCUAGAGAGGCGCAUUAUGCAUUUUCUACUACGGCGGGCUAUAAGGAGUUUGUCCACACGAUAUUGGAAGGCUAUAAUGGCAAUGAGUGGCAUCAUACAGUUCUCAGGGCAUACUAA